CGCCGCGCGGCUCUCUCCCCACGCGGCCGCCGGUUCGGACCCGAGCUCGACGCGGCCCCCAACACCAGCUCACUUUUUCCUCUGAGGUCAGGAGUGCAUUACUCACUCUUCCUCUUUCCCGCCUCCGACUCCUGGGCUGCGGCCCCUGAGGGAGGGACCGAGUCUCUUGGUCUCCUCCCCUGCCCAGACCCUCAGCCCUCCGCUGUCAGACAGAGGGAUGUCGCCAUCUGGUCGCCUGUGUCUCCUCACCAUCGUUGGCCUGAUUCUCCCCACCAGAGGACAGACGUUGCAGGAGGCCACGCCCAUUUCUCCAGACCCAACGACUGAGGACAUUCACAUCCUGACACCAAUCCCAGAUACAGGCCACCCAGAGCUCCAGCCCACCCCUCGGCCGCCAGCCUGGCCUGCUGAUGAAACAACACAAAACCCGACUGAGACCUUGACCCAGACCCAGCAGCCGACGGGAGCGGACGGACUGCCGGCGUCGCAUCCAGGGGCGCACAACAGCACCGAGGAAGGCACGACGAUGCUCUCCAAGAGGACGUCCCCAGGCACAGAUGUCAGGAAAGACCCCCAGACCCCCAAGCCACACGGUUCAGAUGAGGACAACCCCUUCUUCUAUGAUGAAAGCACUCUCCGGAAACGGGGGCUACUGGUGGCGGCUGUGCUGUUCAUCACUGGCAUUGUCAUCCUCACCAGCGGCAAGUGUAGGCAGUUGUCCCAGUUAUGCCGGAAUCACCGCAGGUGAGUCCGUCAGCAGCAGGGGCCAGCAGCACUAUGGGCACCCCGAGACUGAGCCUCCCCCAGCUCACCGUCCCCAGCCGCCUCCCUGCCCUCAAAGAGCCUCAAGAACGGUCAGUAUAAGAAGCCCAGCCUGAGGGGGAAGACACAGAUGGAUGCAGCCGGAGCUGGGGCUGAUGGCCGGAGUCCCCUACCGUCCCCAUCCUGCCGCCCAGGAAGGCUGGCGGGCUCCCUGGUCACUGCCCCUCCACUCUGCUCAGACAAAAAUAAAGCA